AGAUCACCCCUAACAACACACCCCUUCCAGUAAGUCCAUGCCUCCUAAUUCUUCCCAGACAAUUCCAGCAACUGCUGACCAAGCAUACAAGUAAAGUAGAAGAGUCUUUAGAUUCCGUCCUCAUUCAGGCCGCCGUAGCAGCCGCGUCCAUUGUAACUUCAGUUUCAGGGAUCUGGCAUUCUCUUCUGACCGCUCUGAGCACCAGGCAUGCACAUGGCACCUAGAUAUACAUGCAGGCAAAGCACCCACAUACAUAAAUUAAAGUAAAAUUUUACAGAGGACAGUCAGGAUCCAUGGAAAAUGCCUAUGUGAGUAAAACUGUUGUGGUUUUAAAGAACUUAGGAAUUGAUGAGGGAAUCAGGCAGCUGUCACAGCCCAUUUAAUGUAAGAGAACUCUGAAUUUAUGUGGAGGAUGUGAGCAUUCAAGUGAGUUCACAGAAAGAAGCACAAAGCUUCUUUUUCCCCAGCAGGAGAGGAAUCUUUGCUUGUCCAAACAAAGGAGUCGGUGUGUGGCUUUAAGCUCUAUAUUUAGGAGGAGUAAGGUGGUCCAGGAGAGUCCCAGGGGCUCUAGCAUUUCACUGGAAGAAGGUCGAGUCCUCUGUUUUGCUUAUACCAGUGACGACAGCAUGCUUCCUCCGACAUUGACUGGCUGCCCCUAUUUUCUGCUUUAAAAGCCAUGUCUGUUCCUGAAUGUGUCAUGUGUAUCUCACCCCUGGUCUCCAUCAUGCCAGAGAACUCUAGAACAACCCGAAUGUGUACAUUUCUGUUCAGUUACAAGUACAGUCUGCUCUGUUUGGGUUGCUUUUCCUUCCCUUCUUGACUUUCUUGGGAUAGCACUUAAAAAAAAAUGUUUUUACUUAGUUACAGAGGAGAUGACUUAGGAGCCUAAUAUCAUUGUUAUUUAAUGCGAUAUAUAAUUUUAAGUUGGAAUUUAAUAGUUAAUAGCCGUAUAGCAAGUAACUUCAGGUUUUAAUCUAUAAAUCAGAGUGAAGUUUAAAAAUUUUGAUUUAUCCCUGUGGUUUUGAACUGGGGCAUCUGACAGUGUCUGCAGACAUUUCUGGUCAACAGAAUCUGGUGGAUGAUGCUGGGAGCAUUUGGCUGGGAGACGAAAUCAAAAUGGAAGAUGUUGAAGAAAUUUUGGACCAGUUAUAUAAGAAAGUACUUCUUGGAGCCACCCUUGAGGAUGACAUCCAUGGUUACAUCUUUUAUCUCAACCCAAACCUCUCAGAGAAAGUUGGCUAUACAGUAACCCCCUCUUUAGCACAGUCAGAUGUUAAUGAUGCUCUGGAUGGUGUGCCAGGCCAGCAUAGACCAUCUUCCAGUGAGUCCACCACCCUUCCUGAAGCACGGGAGUGUGCGAAGAGACACUUCCAGAUGAGCAGGGCCCAGGAGGUGGCACUCCUUCAGUUAACAGUGAUUGACCUGCUCCUGAGCCGAGUGCUGUCUACUGAAACCGAGGCCCACGCGAAGAAGGGGUACAGAGAGCUGACUAAAGCCCUUCUGCACUCAGCUGGAGUCGAUUCCAAAUUGGUCUGCAUGCUCCAGAACGCGGAUAAGUUGUUGUCUCACAUGGCCGCCAAGUGCCUCUCUUCACUCCUCUAUUUCCAGCUGAGAGAGAAGAUGAUGUUAAGUGAUCCCUGGGUCACUUUUUGCCAGAAGCAUCUCUCUGAAUGCUCUGAGAGUGGAGAAGCAGUGCACUGCCUUUGGAUUCUCACAGUUGUAAUAAAAGAAGCCUUUAAAGAUGCACAGUCCCAGCAAGCAGAAAUCCUAGAACAGCUCUUGGCUCCUUUUGACAUUACUUUUGAAGUGUUCUACAAUUCCUUAUUUUCUCAGCAUUUUGGAAACUUCCAGAAUCUCGCUAAUGUGGUCAACAUCCUGGUGUGCUUCCUGGAGCUGCUGGAACUUCUCACAGCCUCCAGAAUCCACCUGAAACUGCACUUUCGAAGCCAAAAGAUACUAUUUUUGAAACCCCGUGCUCUAGAUAUUCUUGCCUGGCCUAUUCCAGCUUUUGUUAAGAGGAAAUUGGUUAUAGUCAUCAAAAAGUGCCUUCUUGGUAAAAUGGGAGAGGACCUCUGCCGUGGAUCAGUGCCUGCCCUGGUGUCACCAGACUAUCUUCUGGACAGUGACGUGCUGGCCUUAGCUGAGGCACUUCUGUACAGGGUACAUCUGGGGUUGUGGAAGGAGUUGUCUGUUCCUGGAAAGCCUUCCUGCUUUGGAGGAGACGAAGUUCAACCUGGAUGCCGACCCAGGCCUGGCCCUGAUCACGUCACCCUGAGAGCAGCAAGCUUAAUUACUUUGAAAUCCUUGGAAAUCAAGUUCCAGAAUUGUACCUCAGCAACUGAAAUGGAAGUUGACUUGCAGAAGUUCAUGUCCGAGUUACUGACCUUCUUAAAGCCUCACCUUCAGCCCCCUCUACAAUUCCUCAACCCGUGUGAAUGGCUGUCCAGGGUCUUCAUAGAGCAGGACGAUGACAUGCUGGAGGCUGCCAAAGCAUCCCUGAGCAUCUACCUCCAGUUGACCAGAGGCAGGGACCACACCUCUGGAAGCCUGACUCAAGAAGAUGAAGCAUGGACCCACUCCACUCAUAGCAAUGGCUGUAAUCCACACUGUAUUUUCUUGUUCUUAUUAAAGAACAUAGUGUUCGACUCUACAGUUCUUCUAGACUUCUUGAUUUCCUCCGAAACCUGUUUCCUUGAAUAUUUUGUUAAAUAUUUGAAAUUGCUGCAGAAAGACUGGCAUCACUUUCUGUCCGUCUGCAAGUUCUUUGAUGCAGCUGAAUCACAGUGUGGAGCAAAUACUCGUGAUCCUGUCCCCUCACUUGUCCACGACAGAAGCACCAGCCACACAGUACCUCAUGCUCUGGCUUCUUCUGUUGGCCACAGAAAUGCUUGCCCAUGGGUCCCCUGGACUUCUAAUGCCCGCUCUGAGCCCCAGAAUCAGGUGGUGAUGCCCAAGGAAACUCACACAGUGCCAGCUCAUGGCCCACCUUCCCAGACACCACGGAGUCUGGUAGAUUAUGACAGCUCGGAAGAUUCUGAUGAGGAAGCCACAAGUCAGCAUUUAGCAAACAGCAAACAGACUUCUUUAUGUCCAGAAAUGAGCAGAGAAACUCAAGGCCUGCCUAGGACAUGUAAGGACCAAAAAGAACUUAGCCUGGAGCCUCAGCUGAGGCCUCUGCUUCCUCAAGAGUCUGGUCCUCCCUUCUGUGCUGCUGGGGAAGUUGCUCCCAAUGGGGCUGUCUGGGAAGUGGGACUGUUUUCUAGAGCAGUGAAAUGCCUGGAGGAGCUACAGAGUGCUAUUUACCGUUUGCAAGAGAAAAAUCUCUUUCCUUACAACCCAGCCGCGCUUCUGAAGUUGUUGAAAGGGGUGGAGGCGAAGUGCGAUAAAGCGUGAGCUCUGGGUGACAGCGGCAGUUGGUCCUCGGGUUUGCUUUUUUUUUUAUAUAAACUGCAUAUCUGAGUUAAAUAAAACCAAAUCAAAGCU